AUGGCGACCGAGAUCUACCCCUCAAUUGCGCAGUGCGCAUUAAUCGCUGCCGCCUUCAAGAUUCUCCUGUUCCCGGCUUACAAGUCGACCGACUUCGAAGUCCACCGCAACUGGCUGGCCAUCACGCACAGUCUCCCGAUAUGGCAAUGGUACUACGAGAAGACCUCGGAAUGGACCCUCGACUACCCUCCCUUCUUUGCCUAUUUUGAAUGGGUCAUGUCCCAGGUCGCAAAGCUCGCCGACCCGGCUAUGCUGCGCGUCUUCAACCUGGAAUACGAUAGCUGGCAGACUGUGUAUUUCCAGAGAUCUACAGUCAUUGUGACCGAGCUGGUCCUAGUCUACGCUCUUCAAUCCUUCGUUGAUUCGGCCCAUGGAAUCUCGAAACGGGCGGCGCAAGCAGCUGCCAUCUCGAUCCUCCUUUCCCCGGGGCUCUUGAUCAUCGAUCACAUCCAUUUCCAGUACAAUGGCUUCCUGUACGGGAUCCUCUUCGCGUCGCUGGUCUUGGCCAAGAAGAGGUCAGGCUUCCUGUGGAGCGGACUCGUUUUCGCGGCGCUCCUGUGCUUCAAGCACAUCUACGCAUAUCUGGCCCCGGCAUAUGUGGUCUUUUUGCUCCGUGCCUACUGCCUAUCGCCCAAGUCGAUCUUCAAGAUCCAGCUUCUCAAUUGCGUCAAACUCGGCAGCGGCAUCGCUGCGAUCCUUGGUGUUGCGUUUGGACCAUUCGCACUCAAGAACCAGAUCCCGCAGAUUCUAAGCCGGCUUUUUCCCUUUUCGAGAGGCCUAUGCCAUGCCUACUGGGCCCCCAAUGUUUGGGCUAUGUACUCCUUCAUGGAUCGAGUGCUCAUCUACGUCGCCCCAAGGCUUGGAUUGCCAGUCAAGGCAGAAGCCUUGAACAGCGUCACGCGUGGCCUGGUUGGAGACACGGCAUUUGCUGUUCUCCCAGACAUUAGUCCAAGAAUGUGUUUCAUUCUCACACUGCUGUUCCAGAUCAUCCCGCUCGUGAAGCUCUUCAUCCAACCUACCUGGGAUACUUUUAUCGGCGCAGUUACCCUGUGUGGCUAUGCAUCGUUCCUUUUUGGAUGGCAUGUGCACGAGAAGGCGAUUCUGCUCGUCAUCGUUCCCUUCAGCCUCAUUGCUCUCAAGGAUCGGAGACACCUCAGCGCCUUCCGACCCCUUGCUGUGUCUGGCCAUGUUUCCUUGUUUCCUCUUCUUUUCACGCCGGCAGAGUACCCUAUCAAGGUGGUCUACACCAUAUUCUGGCUGGUUUUGUUCCUGCUGGUAUUCGACCGAUUGGCGCCGGCAUCGAGCGCGCCGCGCUUUUUCCUCUUUGAUCGCUUCAGCACGUUGUAUAUCGCGAUCAGUAUUCCUCUGAUACUCUACUGUUCGUUGCUGCACCAAAUCAUCUUUGGCAAGAGCUACGAAUUUCUGCCGCUCAUGUUUACCAGCUCCUACUCGGCCAUUGGUGUGGUGGGCAGCUGGCUGGGAUUUCUGGUGGUGUAUUUCACAUCUUAG